AUGAUAAGGCAAUGCAAAGCCGGGCUGCUGCUAAGCAGAGCUUUAUUUGCAAAUUCAUGGAGGUGGAAAGCAAGCUCUGCAUCUGAGAGAGCACUGAAUUAUAAACCUGGCCAAGUUAUUCAUGGAUUCACAGUGAAAGAGGUCACGCCUGUUUCUGAAUUUUUUAUAACUGCAGUAAAGCUCGACCAUGAAAACACAGGAGCGCAAUUUUUACACCUCGCCAGGGAUGAUUCCGACAACUUGUUCAGUGUGCAAUUCCGGACAACACCUAUGGACAGCACCGGUGUCCCGCAUAUCCUGGAACACACAGUUCUGGCCGGCUCCGAGAAAUAUCCGUGCCGUGACCCUUUCUUCAAGAUGCAAAAUCGGUCUUUGGCUACAUUUAUGAAUGCCUUCACAGCAAGCGAUUACACCAUGUACCCAUUUUCUACUCAAAACCCAAAGGACUUCCAGAAUCUUCUGUCUGUCUAUUUAGAUGCUGUGUUUUUUCCAUUCCUUAGAGAACUGGACUUUUGGCAAGAAGGAUGGAGAUUAGAACAUGAAAACCCCACUGAUCCCAAUUCUCCCUUAAUGUUCAAAGGAGUUGUCUUUAAUGAGAUGAAGGGGGUAAUGACAGAUAAUCAAAGAGUGUAUUUACAGCGGCUACAAAACAAAGUUCUUCCUGAGGGUACAUACUCUUUUGUGUCUGGAGGAGAUCCACUAGACAUUCCAAAUCUAACAUGGGAGCAGUUAAAACACUUCCAUGCCACUCACUAUCACCCAAGCAAUGCCAGGUUCCUUACAUAUGGUGAUAUCCCCUUGGAGCAGCAUUUACAACAGAUCAAUGACGAUGCCUUGGCCAAGUUUAAGCGCAUAAACCCCCAAGCUGAUGUCUCUGCACAGAAGCACUGGGAUGCACCGAGAGAAUAUCAAACCACCUGUGCUGUAGACGCACUUGCACCAGAUCCAACCAAACAGACGAUGGUCAGCAUUACCUUUCUGACGACUGAAAUUACAGAUGUUUUUGAAGUCCUGACUUUGAACCUUCUGUCUUCCUUGCUGGUUGUUGGACCAAAUUCCCCUUUCUACAAAGCCUUACUGGAAGCCAAGCUUGGGACAGCUUUGUCUCCAGGCACUGGAUUCAGCGCUGGCACUAAAGAUACAUUUUUCAGCUUCGGAGUACAAGGAGUAGCUGAGGAUAAUGUAAAACAUGUGAAAGAAAUCAUCAUUAAAACCAUUGAGGAGGUUGUACAGAAGGGGUUUGAGCCUGAAAGAAUUGAAGCUGUUCUACACACCCAGGAAAUCGAGAUGAAGAACCAAACUACAGGCUUCGGGAUGAAGCUAGCUGAUUACAUAUCAACCAGCUGGAAUCAUGAUGUAGAUCCGGUUGAUGAUCUGCUGAAACUUGAGGAGAAAAUAAAUCGAUUUCGACAGUCUAUUAAGGAGAACCCCACAUUCCUUCAGGAAAAGGUCAAGCAGUAUUUUCAGAACAACCUGCACAGUAUGGUAUUAACCAUGAGUCCUGAUAAAGAAUAUAACCAGAAAGAAGCAGAGUUAGAAAAAGAAAAACUGAACCAGAAGGUCAAAGCUUUGUCAGAAGCAGACCGAAAAAACAUUUAUGAGAAAGGUUUAGAAUUGCUACGCUUUCAAACUGAACAGCUAGAUGCCUCAUGCCUCCCUUCCCUUAAAGUGUCAGACAUUGAGAAGACCAUCCCUCUCACAGAACUGGAAUUUGCAUAUGCAGCAGGUGACGUUCCGAUCCAGUACUGUGCCCAGCCUACAAAUGGCAUGGUGUAUUUCCGAGCAAUCUCAAGCCUGAAUACACUUCCUGAGGAGCUGAAGCCCUAUGUUCCACUCUUCUGCUCUGUUCUCACUAAGAUGGGCUGUGGUGUGUACAAUUACAGAGAGCAGGCCCAGCAGAUAGACUUGACUACUGGAGGCAUGAGUGUCUCUCCACUUGUUGCAUCAGAUGACUCCAAUCUGGACAACUAUGAACAGGGUGUACAUUUUUCAUCAUCAUGCUUGGAUAGGAACACACCUGACAUGAUGCAUUUGUGGAGCGAAAUAUUUAACAGUCCUCAUUUUGAUGAUGAAGAGCGACUGCAUGUUUUAGUAAAAUCGAGUGCUCAAGAUCUGUCCAAUGCCGUACCAGAUGCUGGACAAGUGUUUGCACAACUCCGUGCAGCCAGGACACUCACACCUGCUGGAGAACUGCAAGAGCUCUUUACAGGAAUGGAUCAGGUCAAAAUCAUGAAACGGAUAGCAGAGAUGACUGAUUUGGGAUCAGUACUGCGGAAGUUAUCACGGAUUCGCAAAUAUGUACUGUUGAGUGAUAACAUGAGGUGUUCCCUGAAUGCCACCCCACAACAGAUGUCAGUGGCUUCGAAGGAGGUGGAGCACUUUUUGGGAGGAAUUCAAAGGAAUAAAAAAGUCCAAAAAACUGUCCGUCCUCAUAUUGUGGAGGUGCUUGAUGCCUAA